CACUAAAGGCAACACAGAACAGACUAUUUUGAGUCUAGAAACCGAAAAGAGAUACUUUAAAUUGACAAAAUUGUACUGAGAGAUGGAAAUCUCUAGUUCAUUGCUGUUGGUCGUCUUGGCCAUAUUGAUGUUGGUCAUGAAGUGGAGGAAGACGAGGGGACUUUCUUUACCCCCGGGGCCGAUGGCACUUCCACUGAUUGGUAACAUACAUUUGAUGGACAAAAGUGCACCCUUUAAAAGCUUUACAAAGUGGAGUAAAACCUAUGGUCCUGUGAUGACGGUGUACCUCGGGCCACAGAGAACUGUGGUUCUGGUUGGUUAUGACACUGUGAAAGAGGCUCUAGUGGAUCAUGCAGAUGACUUUGCAGACAGAGCUCCCAUUCCUUUCCUGAAUAAAGUCGUAAAUGGCUAUGGUCUGGUUAUUAGUAAUGGUGAACGUUGGCGCCAACUGAGGCGUUUUACUCUCACUACAUUGAGAGAUUUUGGGAUGGGGCGAAAGAGAAUGGAACAAUGGAUUCAAGAAGAGAGCAGACACUUUCUGAAAAGUUUUGAAGAAACCAAAUCUGAACCAGUCGAUGCAGCGUUCUUUGUGAGCCGGGCCGUGUCCAAUGUGAUCUGUUCCUUGGUGUUUGGACAGCGAUUUGAAUAUGAAGACAAAAACUUUCUGCACUUGCUCCAGAUCAUCUCCAGAAUUCUGCGCUUUAUAAGCAGCUCUUCUGGUCAGUUGUACAAUGUCUUCCCUCGACUAAUGAACCUCUUACCUGGCCGUCAUCAUGCCAUGUUUAAAGAGGUUGAAGACAUUAAAAACUUUGUUCUGGGUAAGAUCAGUGAGCAUGAACUCAACUUGGACAUCCAAGACCCCCAAGACUUUAUCGACUGCUUUCUUAUCAAACUUAAACAGGAGAAGGACAAUCUUGACACAGAAUUCCACAAAAAUAAUUUGUGGGCGACUGUUGCAAAUCUGUUUCUAGCUGGUACAGAGACCACCAGCACAACGAUCAGAUACGCCCUAAUGCUGCUUAUCAAGCACCCACACAUACAGGAGCAAAUGCAGAAGGAAAUUCAUCGAGUUAUCGGACGGGACAGAAUCCCUACAAUGGAGGACAGGAAGUCCCUCCCUUUCACAGAUGCUGUGAUUCAUGAAGUUCAGCGGUAUCUGGACAUUGUUCCCCUCAGUGUUCCCCAUUAUGCUACACGUGACAUCACAUUCAGAGGUUAUGUGAUUCCAAAGGACACAGUGAUUUUUCCCCUGUUGCACUCUGUCCUAAGGGAUGAGGGACAGUGGGAUACACCUUGGACAUUUAACCCUGAGCACUUCCUGGAUGCCAAUGGCAACUUUAAAAAGAAUCCAGCAUUUCUGCCCUUUUCUGCAGGUAAACGCGCAUGUGUGGGAGAGUCUCUGGCUCGUAUGGAGCUAUUUUUGUUCAUUGUGUCUCUACUUCAGAAGUUUAGCUUUAGUAGUCCAGAUGGUCCAGAUGGCAUAGAUCCAAGUCCUGAACUCAGCGGUUUCGCCAACAUGCCUCGAUACUAUAAGUUAAUUGCCUCCCCCCGCUGACCAACAUGAAUAUCGGAGCCUGUCUAACUAUGAAUGUAUUUUGUGAGAGACUGACCGCAAUCAACAUGGGACACAAGCUGUGGGAUUUGAACCAACAACCUCUGGCUUACAAACAAGUCUCUCUCUCUAGGCCACAAUGCUUUGACAACACAAAUCUGUGAAUCCCGGUCAAUGUUACAUCCAGUCUGUGUAAGCUUUAUUUAUAGGAUUCUUGAUGCCAUGUCUUGACAUUUUAUAAGGUAUAUAGGCACAAUUGUUGUGUAGUCACACCAUGAACUCACCUUUUGAAUUCACAAUGAACUUGCAUAUUACUCACAGUAUGAGAAUGGUGUGAUGUCACAUUUAUGAUCUCAGUGUUUACUGGGUUUUGCACCUUUCUGUUAGGGUUAAGUUUGGUUGGGUUAGGUGAUAGUAAAUAUCAUUAAAAUAAAAAAUAUCCUAAAUGUAUGACAUUUAUUACAUAUUUAGUCUUAAGUGACCCUAUACACUUUCAAAAAUAGAUUAAUAUUAUUAAACAGAUAUAUUAAAAUUUUUA